GCGGCCUGGGAAGGAGGACUAUGAAGCUUCCGAACAUCCUGCUCACCGGUACACCCGGGGUUGGAAAAACCACACUAGGCAAAGAACUUGCGUCAAGAUCAGGACUGAAGUACGUUAAUGUGGGUGAUUUAGCUCAAGAAGUCUGAUCACCGGAUAUCAUGGAGUCUGGCAAGAUGGCGUCUCCCAAGAGCAUGCCGAAAGAUGCACAGAUGAUGGCCCAAAUCCUGAAGGAUAUGGGGAUUACAGAAUAUGAGCCGAGAGUUAUAAAUCAGAUGUUGGAGUUUGCCUUCCGAUAUGUGACCACAAUUCUAGAUGAUGCUAAAAUUUAUUCCAGCCAUGCUAAGAAAGCUACUGUUGAUGCAGACGAUGUGCGAUUGGCAAUCCAGUGCCGGGCCGACCAGUCUUUCACUUCUCCUCCCCCGAGGGAUUUUUUAUUAGAUAUUGCAAGACAGAGAAAUCAAACCCCUUUGCCGUUGAUCAAGCCGUACUCAGGUCCUAGAUUGCCACCUGAUAGGUAUUGUUUAACUGCUCCAAACUAUAGGCUUAAGUCUUUGCAAAAAAAGGCACCUACUCCUGCAGGAAGAAUCACAGUUCCGCGAUUAAGUGUUGGCUCAGUUUCUAGCAGACCCAGUACUCCCACACUAGGCACACCAACUCCACAAACCAUGUCUGUCUCAACUAAAGUGGGCACCCCAAUGUCCCUCACAGGACAAAGGUUCACAGUGCAGAUGCCUGCUUCCCAGUCCCCUGCUGUGAAAGCUUCAAUUCCCGCAACAUCAACAGUUCAGAAUGUUCUGAUUAAUCCGUCGCUAAUUGGGUCCAAAAACAUUCUGAUUACCACUAAUAUGGUAUCGCAAAAUACAGCCAAUGAGUCAGCAAAUGCACUGAAAAGAAAACGGGAUGAUGAUGAUGACGAUGACGAUGAUGACGAUGACUAUGAUAAUUUGUAAGCUAGUCUUGAUGCAUGUAACAUGUAUACUUGGUCUUGAAUCCAUUGUACUGAAAUUAAGCAAGCAUGUUAGAUGUUCUAAAGCUGUAUUUUAGAAAGUGGUAUUUAAUAAGUAUGCUUUCCAUGCUUUUCAAUUGAAAUGUUGAGUUUUAAUAGAGCUAGUAAUGGUUUUUCAUCAACCUUUAUGCAUAAAAAAUAAAAUUGUCAUUUCUUGGUAUUUUGGCAAUUAUGUUUUCAAUUUUCCCCUCAUCUUGAAGUUGUUACUGUUAUUAUUUAUAAACAUGUGGUGGGGGACUGGUC